UCCGGUUUGUCAAAGAAGCGCAGCACCAAAAAAUCCUCAUAAGUCUUGUAACGUCCGUUUGAGUAAAGAGCAGUUCCUUUCUGCUUCUAGCUGCAGCUAAAACCUACCGCUGCAAAAGAGUAUCCUAAUCUGAAGACUCUGCCCAAGGAACAAAAAGAAUGGCUGAUGCACUAAUUGCUUCCACAAUAAAGGUGGCACUGGAGAAGACACUUUCCCUUGCCAAUGAAAGGAUUGGCAAGUUAUUCCAAUUCAAGGAGGAUUUGGAGACCCUGAGAGGAUCCGUUGCCAUGAUCCAAGCUGUCUUGGCUGAUGCUGAGGAAAAGCAAACGCAUGACCAGGCCGUGCAACUGUGGCUCCAGAGGCUGGAGGUCGUGGCGUUUGAUGCUGAGAAUUUGUUGGACGAGCUGAAUUAUGAAGUUCUUCGUCGCCAACUCGUGGGCAAGGUACGCUCCUUCAUCCUGUCCUCUGACAUUAAUAUUGUUUUCCGAUGGAGAAUGGCCUCCAAGAUCUGGGACAUCAACAAGAAGUUGAAUAAGAUCAAUAAAGAAGCCAAUGAUUUUGGACUGAUCAGAAGGGCAACUUUCCCCUCUUCUACUACUGCUAAAGUCACUCUAAAUAGAGAGACGGAUUCUAUUGCUGACCAUUAUGUUGUAGGAAGAGCUAAGGAUGAAACAAGGCUGGUGGAGACCUUGCUAAGCUUGUCAGAACAACCCGUUUCUGUAAUUCCCAUCCUUGGGAUGGGCGGAUUGGGAAAGACAACUUUAGCUCAAUCUAUAUACAACAAUCGUCUAGUUGAUAGCCAUUUUGAGAAAAAAAUUUGGGUUUGCGUGUCCGACAAUUUUGAAGUGACAAGGCUUUUGAAAAUGAUUUUAGAAUCACUCACGAGAAGAAAUGUUGAAAUGACCAGUAGGGAUGUCAUUGUCCAGGAAAUUAGACAACAACUUGUGGGGAAAAAAUAUCUUCUUGUUCUUGAUGACGUCUGGACCGAAAGCCAAAUCUUGUGGGAUGAUUUUUUACGUUUGUUACGGGGCCUGAAUGCAACUAAUGGAAAUUGUUGUGUUGUGACAACUCGUAAACAACAAACUGCAUCCAUUGUGGCCACACAUGAUCCUUAUGUGUUAGGAAAGCUAUCUGAUGAUGAUUGUUGGUCUAUCCUAACAGAGAAAGCCAAUGCAGGUGGAGAAAUUCCCGAACAAUUGCAAGUCAUGAAAAAGGAAAUUAUAAAAAAAUGUGGUGGCCUACCGCUAGCUGCAAGUGUAAUGGGAGGUUUAUUGCGCAUGAAGAGAAAAGAGGAGUGGAAAUUGAUUUUGAUGAAUAAGCUUUCAAAUUUGAGCGGAGAUGAAGACAGUGUCAUGCAAAUACUUCAGUUGAGUUUUGAUAAUCUACCAUCACCAGCCAUCAAGAAAUGUUUUGCAUAUUGUUCUAUGUUUCCCAAGGAUACUGAGAUGAAAAGAGAUAUGCUAAUCGAACUUUGGAUGGCAGAAGGCUUCCUUCAAGUAGAUCUCAAGAACAAAACAAUGGUAAACAAAACAAUGGAGGAAAUUGGAGAAUAUUACUUGGAAAUUUUAUUGCAGAGUUCUUUGCUGGAAGAAAUAAGAAAAUAUCGGGGAAGGUGUUAUAAAAUGCAUGAUAUGGUGCACGACGUCUCAAAAUCAAUAAUGUCAAAGUCUACUAAAUUCAUUAAUUCGGAGACUGGUUCAGGAGACAAUAGUAAUCAGGUUCGUUGUCUUGUAAUAGACUCAUUUGGAGAAGGCACAAUAAAUCUUUUCGAGAGUCGAUCAAAUUUGCUUCAUACAUUGUUUCUAAGUCAGGGUAGCUUAUCUGAUGAUAUGCUAAUGAAGUUGAAGAAUUUGCACGUUCUGAAUUUGUCCGGUGCAAAAAAUCAGAAUCUGCCAAUCUCAAUUGGCAAACUGAUACACUUGAGGUACAUUAACUUUGAGGAUUCUAGAAGCGAAGCUUUGCCGGAAUCUGUUUGCAAACUUUAUAAUUUGCAGACACUGAGGCUAAAUAGUUUCGCUCUUAAGGUUCUUCCGAAGGGGAUGCGCGAUUUGAUUAGCUUGAGACAUCUCCACUAUUACACAAGGGAUGAAGUAUUUCAAAUGCCGCUGAAUAUGGAACGACUGACUUGCCUCCAGACACUAGAGUUUUUUAAAGUGGGUCGAGAGAAGGGUCGACAAAUUGGAGAGCUUGGAAGCUUAAAAAACCUCAAAGGCAGUUUAACUAUACACAAUCUUCAACUUGUAAAGGAUAGGAAAGCAGCUGAGAAAGCAAAACUAUCUGAAAAGGCAAAUCUAUUUAGUUUGAAACUUGAGUGGGCCUGGGCUUGGGAUCGAGAAGGCGACAACUACAACUAUGACAAAGAUGUGUUGGAUGGCCUUAGGCCUCACCCAAAUUUGGAGGAGUUGGUAAUUGAGAAUUUUAUGGGCGAUCAAUUUCCUCGAUGGUUAAUGGAUUUGGCAACAACAACAACACUCCCCAAGUCAGCAACAACACCCCCCAAGUUAGCAAGUUUGGCAUUUAAUUUCUGCGACAGAUGCAGAGAACUCCUUCCCCUGCAAAACUUUGCGUCUCUUAAGCACCUGGAGAUUUAUGGUUGUGAUGAGUUGACGAAUCUGCCAGGUGACAUGCUACACUAUUGUACCUCUCUCCAGAAGCUUCGGGUGACUAAUUGCAACAAUCUUAUCUCCUUUCCGCUUGAUUUGCAACAAACGCCUUCUCUCUCGGAGCUGGAAUUAUGGUUGUGUCCCAAACUUAAAACAAGCAUGACGCCCAAAGGAUUUUGUUUCCUAACCAGUUUAAGGAUGCUUAGAAUUGGUCCCUUCUCGGAUGAUCAUGAAAAUUCUUCAAUUUACAAUGAGUUUGAUUGGUCUGGAUUGAUAUCCUCCUCCUCCUCUUCGUCAUCCGCACUCCGUCGAUUACACUUAUAUGGGAAGCCACACAUGGAGUCACUGCCACCUCAGAUCCAAUACUUGACCACUCUCACGUCACUAUCGCUAUAUCAAUUUGGAGGUAUAAAAGCUCUGCCAGAUUGGUUCGGAAACUUCGCUGCUCUUGAAGACGUGCACUUAUGGUUUUUCAAAGAGCUUGGACAUCUACCCUCUGAGGAUGCCAUGAGAAGUUUCACCAAACUGAAACGUCUGGAGGUUUAUGGUUCUCCUCUGUUAAAAGAAAGAUGCACUACUGAGAGCAGCGGCCCCGACUCCCAGUGGUCCAAAGUUUCUCACAUUCAACGCCUAUACAUAACCGAUUAUUAA